AUGUAUACCCCUAUCCCCGCUAAUACCCCGGCACCUACUGCUCCGACUUCAUCGAUGACCUCCAACUCUUCCUCCGCAUCAAAUUCCAACACUAGCGGUAGCAACACGAAUACCAGGAACGGUAGACCCAGCGGUGCUCCAUCCAAUGAAAGAGUUCGUUCGGGGUCGGGCAUCAGCUCUUUUUUGAAUACCUUCGGGAUCAGACAAAAUAACCAGGCGGUUUCCUCUUCUUCUGCUGCUCCCGAUCAGCGUCUGUUUGGUACUACUCCGUCCAACUCCCAUAUGAAUGUAGUCAUGGAAAGUGCAAAUAUAGCUGCGUUACAACAGGAACCUCGUCUACAUCAUCCCAUACAAAUGCCUCCGUCAGCACAGUUUCAUGUUCAUCGUAAUUAUCAACUUCCAAUUUCCUUAUCUCUCACUGCUCCCAUGUCCACAGAUCAACCCUCUCAACAGCAAUCGUCUCCGCAGAAUUUUGAAGUUAACAACGCUGCUACUAUUCACGAAACCUUGAACCAACGACAAACAAACAAUGCCAAUAACACCACAACCUCAAUCACUUCCAUGACGCCAGCGACUAUAACAAGGAACAAUACAGGUUUCAUGACCACUGGUGCAGAAGGAUCUGCAGUCGCUACUGGUAACCAGGAAAUGUACAAAAAUUUACGCCAUUUGAUUUAUGCUGCGAAUCAGCCAAAUGGGACGGAAAUUUUACAUUUAGAUUUACCUACAGCAAGCGCAGAAGAUGCAAGCAAUAUCACCAAUGUUGAUGAGGUGACUUUGAAGCAGAGAAAGGACAAGCAUGGUCUUUUCAGUAUAAGAUUAACACCGUUUAUUGACAGUUCUUCAACCACAAACCAAGGUUUAUUCUUUGAACCGAUUAUUAGAAAGGCUGGCCCUGGAUCUCAAUUGGUUAUUGGCCGCUACACUGAACGUGUUCGUGACGCAAUAUCUAAGAUACCUGAACAAUAUCAUCCAGUGGUAUUCAAAUCCAAAGUUGUGUCGAGGACACAUGGUUGCUUCAAAGUAGAUUCUCAAGGUAACUGGUUUAUAAAGGAUGUGAAAUCUUCUAGUGGGACUUUCCUAAACCACCAAAGACUGUCCCCCGCUUCAUCGUUGUCAAAGGACACCCUUUUACGUGAUGGUGAUAUUUUGCAGUUGGGAAUGGACUUUAGGGGUGGUACAGAAGAGAUAUAUCGAUGUGUAAGGAUGAGGAUCGAGCUUAAUAGAUCAUGGAAAUUAAAGGCAAAUUCGUUCAACAAAGAGGCUUUACACCGCUUACAGAACUUACAAAAAUUGACUGCCGGUGUUGAAGAAGAAGAUUGUUCGAUUUGCCUAUGUAAGAUCAAACCAUGCCAGGCUAUUUUCAUAUCACCAUGCGCUCAUAGUUGGCACUUCCGCUGCGUGAGGAGAUUAGUCAUGCUCUCGUACCCGCAAUUCGUUUGCCCCAAUUGUCGGUCAAGUUGUGAUUUGGAGGCCUCUUUCGAAAGCAGUGACGAAGAAGAUGAAAGUGAUGUAGAAAGUGAGGGUGAUCAGCUCGUAGACCAACUCAGCGUACUAAUGGAAACUUCAAAGGAUGUUGAAAGCCAUCCUUGA